AUGUUUCGAGAACUUGCACAAGGAAAUGAACUUGUCUCAGCAUACUCAACUAAUUGGAAUCUUUUCGUUCGUAAUAUGACCAACAAUGCCAUUGUCUAUAUGAAACCACAAUGGUACGGAGAUUGUAAUUGUGCCACUUCAGCAGCGUGUACUCAGCCUUCUGAACUCUUUCUGUCUGGAUUUGUGGUGAGUUGUUUUCCAUUAGAAUCAUUUCUUCGAUCCACAAUCGAAUGCCUUUACGUACAAUCAUGUGUUGAUCAAAUGGUCUCCUAUGUUGGUGCAAAUUAUACACCGUCUGUACUUAAUAAUAACUCUCGCUUUGUUAUGAAUGUAUCGAUUGAUGCAAUCGUUCAACAAAUGUUCAUUGAGCAUUGGUCAUUCAAUAUAUCAUUCGAAAGUUUCUUUGAACAAUGCCGACCUACUUCAUGCUCAUACACAUUAAUCGAACGACACGACCUGCUUGAUGUUGCAACGACCUUACUCGGUCUACAUGGUGGAGUAACCAUCACCUUGAGAUUUGCGGUUCCAUUAAUGGUACGAUUAUGUUAUAAAUUGAUUAGAAAGCGUCGGCAAACUACUUCAGAAGUGAUGCCAAUGUAA